AUGGUUCUGCUCCGUGUCCUCGCCACCUGGAGCCUCACACAAACUCUGCAGUCAUCCAAGGAGCCGAUUGAGUUUGGGCACACACGCAAGGACGUUGUCCUCAUCGGGGUUGGCCUGAUCGGAGUAGGCUAUGCCAUGUACUAUGGUCUGCAGGCUCUGGGUCUGGACGCCGGCUCAGCAGGGAAUUGGGUGCAGCUCUCUGUCUUCCUGGGCAUUUGCGUGUUCUGGAUUGGGUCAUACAUCUGGCGCGUUGGCACCAAGAACAUGACGUAUGCCAAGCAGCUUUCGGACUAUGAGGCUGCGGUGAUGCAGAAGCGAUUUGAGGAGCUUCCUGAGGCGGAGAUCCAGUCCAUUCUGAAGGAGCAGGAAGGGUCCAAGAAUUCCGGGCCCCUGUCCAGUCAAUGA